GUAAAAUGUGUAAGAAAACUUCACACUUGGAGUAAUCGAAAAAUGAUAAGAAAAUUGCUACACAUGUCGUGAAUGUUCGAGUAGGAAUUUUUUAAUUAAAUUCCGUGCAAAAAGCUUAUUGAAAGAGGAAAUUAAGCUCAUAUUGAAAUCUGCUGAAAGCAUAGAUUAUUAUCGAUAAUUAGCUAUCAUUUAAUUGCCUUGGCAUAACUUUAGCAACAGGAUUCAGUAUAAAUUAUGAUACUGACAUCAACGCAUUGUAUUUACAUUAAUUACGUGAUGUCACAUCUGGAUAUUGUCGUCACAUGUGAGUCCUUUCGACGUCAAAAAAGAAAGAGUCGCGAAAAUCUCUGGAUGCUGAUUAGUGGCUAAUUCUUCGCACAGCAAGUUUCCUGUUUAUAUAAAAUAAGGCAAGGACAUUGGUCCGUUGGGUAUAGACAGCGUGUAGACUCCACUAAUAUAUAUACCAUCACAGGUGCUAUAAUUUACUUAGUAUAGUCGCGUACUGCUGUUGGAUAUAUACAUCAUGUGUAGUACGCACAACCGUGUUAGUGGGUAAAUUAAUAAUUACAACAGCUCUGAUUGGUUUAUUGUAUCUUACUCAGAAUUUUCAGUCACCGAAACUAGAAACUGAUAGAUGUCGACGCGGUUUUCCCCAAAUUUUCGCAGCUUUCACUUGAUCGCUAAAUCGGAUUUUUAGCAGAAACCAUGACAGACAGCAACAAAAAAGAAAAGUUUCCGUCGACAUUCACUGUCGACAAUUUCAGCUCGACAACUAAACUUGCCGAUCAUGAGUACAAAAUCCCGGUCGGGAGUGUCGACACACUUGCUGAGAAGGAAUACAGUCCUUACGAACACAGAAAUGUGGAACAUCCCAACACGUUUUCCGGGGCGUUGAUGCACCUCUUGAAGAGUUCGCUCGGAACGGGGAUUUUGGCCAUACCUAGUGCAGUGGCCGCUGCCGGGAUUGUUAUUGGUGUUAUAGGGACGGUCCUGACUGGAAUUCUGUGCACCCACACCAUCCACCUGCUGAUAUUCGCAUCGCAAGAAAUAUGCAAGAAGGCCAAAGUCCCGAUGCUGGGCUUCGCCGAAACGGCCCAUGCCGUCUUCAAAUACGGCCCGAAGCCGGUCCAGCCCUUGGCAAACUUCGCCAGGAUUUUUGUUGACGUCGCCCUUCUUUUGACUUACUAUGCAGGCAAUGCCGUUUACAUUGUUUUUAUUUGUGGGAGCGUCCAAGAUCUUGUGAAUUAUCACUACGCGUCCGUCUCCCAUUGGCCGAUUCAGUAUUACAUGCUUAUGCUUUUGGUGCCUUUGACUUUGUGUUGCCAAGUGCGGCAGUUGAAACACUUGGUUCCAUUCUCAAUAAUCGCAAAUGUGACAAUGGUUACUGCUUUCCUCAUCACUUUGUAUUACAUGUUCUCCGGAAUCAGUUCUAUCAAAAUUGAGGAACGAAAACUGUUCAAAGACGUUUCCCUAAUCCCGCUUUUCUUCAGCACUGUGUUGUUUGCAAUGGAGGGAAUUGGCACAAUGCUGCCGAUUGAAAACUCAAUGAUCAAACCGCAAUUUAUCGGAUGUCCGGGAGUCCUAAACGUUGCCAUGAGCUUUGUUGUGACUCUUUACACAAUUAUUGGUUUGUUCGGUUACAUUAGAUUCGGUGAUUCGGUCAAAGCGAACGUCAUUGAGGAAUUACCAAACAGCGACAUAGCGGCCCAAGUGGCCAAACUUUGCAUAGCCAUCGCAGUUUUCUUCACCUUUAUGUUGCAAUUCUACGUCCCGUGUGACAUAACUUGGAGAAAACUCGCCCGGAAAAUUCCGGAAAAGUACCACAACGUUUCCCAAAUAGUGAUGAGGACUAUUUUGGUGUGUUUUGUAACCGGAAUUGCUGCAGCUGUGCCCAAACUGGACGCUAUCAUAGGACUGGUGGGAUCAGUGUUUUUCUCCACCCUUGGACUUUUCAUCCCUGUCGUCAUUGACAUUAUUUUGAAUUUGGGCGAAAACGGCGAUUUUGGGUUCAUGAAGUGGCGAUUAUGGAAGAACAUUUUUGUUAUUGUUAUUUCGUGGUUUGCUCUAUUUUCAGGAAGUUAUUACGCGAUCAAGGGACUACUGAACGAUUGAAGUGAACAAAAAUUGUGAUUCGAGUAAGCUUUAAAGUAGGGUAGGCAAAAUUGACCGAAUUAUUUAUUUGUGAUUUUUAAUAAAAAAUGUGCACAAAAAGUGAAGGAGUUCCUUUCAAACAUUUGUUAGUAAACACGCAGGUACUUAACUAAAUAAUUGUUUUUCUAGUUUAAAUGUGAUUUAGAUUAAUCUCAACUUUGUUGUUCGUCGAAAUGUUUGCAAUAAAUUGGAAUUUUUA